GAAGUGAAGGAGCAGCCGGAAGUAGCCGGAGUCCCAGCCGCCGGGACUGUCUGACAGGUUGACGGGAGUAAGAGCUGCGGCAAGAGCUGGUGACCAUGGAGUUGGGCGAGCUGCUCUACAACAAGUCGGAGUACAUCGAGACGGCGUCUGGGAACAAAGUGAGCCGGCAGUCAGUGUUGUGUGGCAGUCAGAACAUCGUUCUCAAUGGCAAGACCAUUGUGAUGAAUGACUGUAUUAUCCGAGGGGAUCUGGCAAAUGUAAGAGUCGGGCGUCAUUGUGUGGUGAAAAGUCGGAGUGUCAUAAGGCCGCCAUUCAAGAAAUUCAGCAAAGGUGUCGCAUUCUUUCCUUUACAUAUUGGGGACCAUGUCUUUAUUGAGGAAGAUUGUGUGGUCAACGCAGCUCAGAUUGGCUCUUAUGUUCAUGUUGGCAAGAACUGUGUGAUUGGCCGUAGGUGUGUGUUGAAAGAUUGUUGCAAAAUCCUUGACAACACAGUGUUACCCCCAGAAACCGUGGUCCCACCCUUCACUGUCUUCUCAGGCUGCCCAGGACUCUUCUCCGGGGAGCUCCCAGAAUGUACCCAGGAGCUGAUGAUUGAUGUCACUAAAAGCUACUACCAGAAGUUUUUGCCCUUGACACAAGUCUAACAUCUCUGCCUGAUGUCUUGAAUUCACAUGAGCUCUAAGAUGAACUUGGGGACAAAGUAAGCCAGUCAGACGUUCCAAAGGGCUCUUGUGUCUUUGACACCUUCCACCUUUAAAAAAAAAAAAAAAAACGAAUUUCCAGUCGUUCCAGGCUCUGAGGCUUGAAUAACAGAAGGCCUGGGGGCAUUGUCUCCAAAUGAUGUGCUUAUACCUUAUCUAUUAGCCAUUAUUCGUGGAACAGAGGAUCAUCAGUUCACAGCACUCGCCCCCCCACCUUGAACUUGUGGAUGUCUGGAUUCUGCCUGGAACAGGCCUGCACAGUGGGAGUAUGCUGACCUGAGGCGGAGGUUAUGAAGCUGGUGUGCUGCUCGUGGCCAGAAGCUACCACGGUGAACUUGCUCACAGGCUCACAGGCAGUUUUCCUGAUGCCAACAAUUUGGCCAGUUGUACAGCUGCUCAUAAGCUUGAAAAACAAACAUUUUUGUCUUUUCAGAGCCCAAAUUCCUUGGCUACUAAAACUUGAAAGGGAGGUGGUUGGUGUUUCUCUUCUUCCUAACAUGACCGUAGCUGUCAUUUUAACCCAGGGUGACUGAUAGAAGGCUUUUUAGAAUUCUAUUGUAGGGCUGUUGCCUUUCACAAAAAGGGGGUUCUUAACACCCAGGUUUUAUUUUUGCAAAGCUUCACGCUUGAGUCUCCCAGGGGAUGGACUAGCAUGGCAGUCACUCUGCUUCAGGGCACUCGGGUCAGCAUUGUGCACCUUGCUUCGCUGAUACUUGGUUCCUGGCCUCAGCCAUUUCAGCCCACUCAGUGUUCUGCAUAAGCCUCACAAUUCAGAUCAAAAUAUCUGUACUUGGCGCAGUCACAUGAAUAUAAAGGAGCCUUCAAAAUCAUUUUGUGGGCACAGAGCCCCCAGGAGUGAGAUUGCCAGUGAUGUUCUUACUGUCCGCUCUGGGUAACAGUGCAGUCCUUCCUGGUUCUGCUCUUGGUUUAGAAAGAUUUAAAAGAGGAGGAUGAUCUUGUUUAAUGCUCUGGUUCUGCCAUGAUUAGAGUAAAAUAGUUCAGCUUUGAAAGUUAAGAUCUAGCAGGAGCUGUCUUAACUUAAUAGCCUGCCGGGGGUCUUAAAAAAACAGUAACAUGUAAUCAUCUCCCUAGUUCAAUGUAAUACUGCUUUCUGAUCUGUCAUUUUAAAAUGUUUGUACAUUAAAAGAUUGACACAUGAAAUGA